CAGUAGGUAGGUAGGUAGGUACUUACAUGUACAUGAAGUUUUUCCAAAAUUUUACUGAUAUCUUAGUUACGUACUCACUAUAGAUACACGGAGAGGCGUGAAUGUAUAAUAUAUUAAAUAAUGCUUUCAUUUUCCGAAGGUUGCUGCAUACGCUGUCUGAUAAAUUAUUUUUCAUACGCACCUGUUUACUAAGCCGCUCCCUCCGCCUCCUCAUGCGGUCAGGUGAAACCCGGCAGGCAAAGGUUGUGUUUUCUGGUGAGUCUGGUGUCGGGAAGACUGCAGCUUCCAGAGUAAUAGUAACGGAUGGACAGGAAUUCCCUAAUAACUAUACCAUUACUUUCGGUGUGAACUUAUUUGUCAAGAACAUUAACAUGCCCGAGUCUUCAACUACAUUCCUAAUAUACGACUCCACGGGUUUUGAUUUGUACUCUAAGUACCUCAAUAGUUAUUGGGACAAACCCGACAUCCUGGUUUUGAUGUACAGUGUGACAUCACAGAUGGCCUUUGAUAGGAUUGAUCAUUGGCUUCGACUGGCCAAGGAAGCAGAGUGGGGCCAUGGCCCCUUACCCAAAAUCAGUGCUCUCUUUGCGAAUAAAACAGAUCUGAAAUCUCGUCGCGUUAUUUCAUAUGAACAAGGAAAGGAGCUCGCCGCUAAACUCAAGAUGGAGUACUUUGAAGGCUCAGCGAAAUCUAACCAAGGGCUGAACAAACUGAUGCGUUGGCUUGCUCAAGAAUGGCAUCAGUCGGCAAUGUAAGAAAGAUCUCUGAUGCGUCUAAAAUACCCCGGAUACCCGGAAAUACUAGCAAUUUCUCGAAUAAUUUCACUUACGACAAUAUAAUUAUUUAAGUAUUUAAUGAUACUAUUAGAGCUUUCAAAACCCAACGUGUAAGUAUGACGGAAUUAUUUUCCUUUUUUUUUAUUUAUUUGUUUACUUAGGUACCUAUUUAUCCAUU